UCUGGGAAGUAGCCAUAUUUACAACAAGCCACGUGAUUUAUUGAAGCAUGUGACAAUCACUGCCAAUGCUAACGAUCGAGUGCCGCUGCCGAUUGUCGGGCUAUGUAUUUUCACAGUGCAUAUGCGACUGGGUUUACUACCCGAACCAGAUAUCUCUCAGAUUCAGACGAACAAUAUAAUUUCCUCUUCACGGCUUACGUCACUGAUUGGUCAUAUGACGCAGGUGCGCGCGGUGAUGGGUCAUGUGUAGGGGGAGAAGAUGGCGAACUCGGGGACGUGUGGAAGGAGCAGUAGGGAAUUAUGGACCAUCUUGCUUGGAAGAUCCGCCCUGAGGGAACCGGCCCAGAUCGAAGCAGAGCUGGACAGAAAUUGGGAGCGGUUACACUUGGGACUGUGUUACUACAAACCACCCAGUCCAUCAUCUGCGGAAAAAUUGAAGGCUGAUAAAGAUGUCACCCAGCCAAUGAAAGACUUCAGCCUGAAAAUCAGUAAACUGCUGGGCCUUGAUGAGCUGCAGAGUGUACAGAUAUUAGAAUGCUACUUACAGGAAGACUACAGAGGGACCCGCAACACUAUGAAGUCUGUCCUGCAGGAUGAGAGGCAGAAUCAGGCCCUGUUGUUGAAGAUUGCCGAUUAUUACUACGAGGAGCGGAUCUGCCUACUACGUUGUGUCCUACUGCUCCUGACGUUCUUCCAAGACGAGAGACAUCCAUUCAGGGCAGAAUACUCCAACUGUGUGAACAAGCUGGAGAAGGACCUUGUGGCUCAGUACCAGCAGCAGUUUGAGAGCCUGUUCAAAGCUGAGGCACCCACAUGGGAGACUCAUGGAAACCUCAUGACGGAGAGACAGGUGUCCCGCUGGUUCCUACAGUGCCUCAGGGAGCAGUCCCUUCUCUUGGAAAUCCUGUUCCUGUACUAUGCCUACUUCGAGAUGGUGCCCACAGACCUGCUCUCCUUCACCAAGAUCUUUAAGGAGCAGGGCUUCGGGCACAGGCAGACGAACAGACACCUGGUGGACAAGAGCAUGGACACAUUGGUGGAGCGCAUCGGGUACCUCAGCUCUCUCAUCUUGGUAGAGGGAAUGGACAUUGAUUUCCUGCACAAGUGUGCCCUUGAGGACCACACAGAGCAACAUCAGUUUUUCAGUGUCCCUGAAAUCUGCAAAGAGAUGGACCAGAUUUUGUUGACCUUUGGAGACAUCUCACACCACGCCCCGGUUCUGUUGGCCUGGGUUCUGUUGCGGCACACUCUGAACCCAGACGAGUCGAGCCCCGUGGUGCGGCGCAUCGGCAACACCACGCUGCAGCUGGGUGUUUUCCAGUACCUGACCCACAUGCUCCAGGCUCUAGGCAGCGGUGCUAACAAUUGCACUGCCAGCACUGCACGGAUGUGUAUCUAUGGCCUCAUCUCCUUUGUCAUCACCUCGUUUGAAGAGGAAACUCUAGGAAGCCAGCAGCACUUGAUAAACGUGGCAUGUGAGGUCCUUGCAGCUCCCAACCUGGCCGAGCUCUUCUGGGAGACGAAGCCAAACAUGGGUUUGGGGAUGAUCCUGGACAGCGCAGUGGGGGUGUUUCCUCACAAAACCGGGCCUCUCCUGCAGCUUCUGACUGCACUGCUCUCGGACAAGUCCACCGCCAAGAAGGUUUACAGCUUUCUGGACAAGAUGUCCUUUUACACAGAGGUGUACAAACAUAAGCCCAAUGACAUUGUGUCCCGGGAGGAUGAGACUCUGUGGAGAAGACAAACCCCCAAACUCCUCUACCCUCUUGGUGUUGGCCAGACCAACCUGCGCAUGCCUCAGGGGUGUCUGGGGCAGGUUGUCCUAGGGGACCAGGGCUACAUGGUGCGCUGGGAUUACUCCUACAGCUCCUGGACGCUCUUCACCUGCGAGAUCGAAAUGCUGCUGCAUGUGGUGUCUACUGCAGAUGUGAUCGUGCACUGCGAAAGGGUGAAGCCCAUCCUAGACUUGGUGCACAAGGUGAUCAGCACCGACUGGACUGUGUCCGACUGCCUGCUCCCCAUCACCUCCCGCAUCUACAUGCUGCUGCAGAGGCUGACGUCAGUGAUUAACCCGCCCGUGGACGUGAUUGCAUCCUGUGUGAACUGCCUGACAGUGCUAGCUGCAAGGAUGCCUGGGAAGGUUUGGUCAAGCUUGCACCACACUGGCUUCCUUCCUUUCGCCUCCACCCCCCUAACCAACAUGGCACAGUCCAUCAGUGCUGAGGGCAUGAAGGCAGGUAACUAUGGCAACCUCCUGGUUCUGAUUGAGCAGCCAAGGGGCGAGUACGCUGUGACUGUUGCUUUCCUGCGGCUCAUCACCACCCUUGUCAAGGGUCAGCUGGGAAGCACCCAAAACAAAGGCCUGAUCCCCUGUGUUCUGCUGGUGCUGAAGGAGAUGCUACCCACAUACCACAAGUGGCGUUACAACACCUAUGGAGUGAGGGAGAGGAUAGGCUGCCUGAUCCUGGAGCUGAUCCAUGCCAUUCUGAACCUGAGUCCUGAGGGAGAGUCGCAGGGCAGCACCCCCAGUCUCCAGUCCCUCUGCAUCUACAGCCUGGCCAACACAGAUGCUGGCCAGGCCAUCGUCAACAUCAUGGGCAUUGGGGUGGACACCAUCGACAUGGUCCUGGCAGCCCAGCCGAGCAGCGGUGGGUCUGAGGGUCCAGGGCAGAUUCUCAUCCAGACGGUGAAGCUGGCCUUCUCCGUCACAAACAACGUGAUCCGGCUCAAGCCCCCAUCCGACGUAGUGUCUCCGCUGGAGCAGGCACUGACACAGCAUGGUGGCCAUGGCAACAACCUCAUUGCGGUGCUGGCGAAGUACAUCUACCAUAAGCAUGACCCAGCGCUGCCACGCCUCGCCAUACAGCUUCUUAAGCGCCUGGCCACGGUGGCCCCCAUGUCAGUGUACGCGUGCUUGGGCAGUGAUGCGGCCGCAAUCAGAGAUGCCUUCCUGAUUCGGCUGCAGAGCAAGACUGAGGACGUCAGGAUCAAGGUCAUGACACUGGAGUUCCUGACAGUCGCCGUGGAAACGCAGCCUGGUUUGAUUGAGCUCUUUCUCAAUCUUGAAGUGAAGGACGGGUCUGAGGGGUCAAAGGAGUUCCUGCUGGGGGAGUGGAGCUGUCUGCAGGUGGUGCUGGACCUAAUCGACUGCAGGCAACAGGGGAAGUACUGGUGCCCCCCUCUUCUGCACCGAGCUGCUCUGGCCUUCCUCCAUGCCCUGUGGCAGGACCGACGGGAGAGCGCCAUCUCAGUGCUGCGAACCAAAGAGAAAUUUUGGGAGAAUCUUACAACGACCCUCUUCGGAACUCUUCCAUCCCCCUCUGACAUAACAGAGCCUUGCAUUCUUGAAACAUGUGCCUUCGUCAUGAAAAUCAUUGGCCUUGAAAUUUACUACGUUGUCAGCGGUUCCCUAGAACAGUCUCUGAAGGACACCCUGAAGAAGCUGUCCACUGGGAAGCGCUAUGAGUACUGGUCCCAGUAUGUGAAGUCACUGGUGUGCCACAUGGCUGAGACCGAGGAGGACGGCAUUCGCUCCUUCUCCGAGUGUCAGAUGCUCAUAUCUGCAUGGAGGAUGCUGCUGAUCCUCUCCACCAGCCAUUCUGAUGUGAUGCAGCUGACUGAUGACUCGACCCGUCUGAAGCUCUUCAUGGAUGUGCUGGAUGGGACUAAGGCUGCUCUGAUGGUGCCCAUGUCAGUGCCCUGUCUGCGCCUGGGCUCCAUGAUGGCUACGCUGCUGCUGAUCCUGCUCAAACACUGGAAGAGUGUGGUGGCGUCAGCCCCGGAUGUGCUGCCCCCUCUUUCCCUGAUCCUGGAGAACAUCCUGCAGGCAGACCAGCAGCUGAUAGAGAGGACCAAGGCCAAAGUGUUCUCUGCACUCAUCUCCGUCCUGCAGAUCCAGGGCCUCAGCAGUGGGGAGAUUUCUCAGCUGCCUCAGCUCCUGCUGUGCGUGUGUGAGACAGUGCAGGAUGAGGCUCUGGCCUUGAUGGACAGCACACGCCACACCGCUCUGAUUGGGGACAUCCCCGAGGACAAAGACAGCAUGGAGACGGACUCUACUCCCCGGAACCUGCAUCAGGACCAGAGAGAUGGGGUGUGCGUGCUGGCUCUGCACCUGGCAAAGGAGCUGUGCCGGGUGGACGAGGACGGGGAGCACUGGCCGCUGGUGAUGCGCAAGCUGCCGGUGCUGCCCUCGGUGCUGAGUGCCCUGGAGCUGAGCCUGCGCGUCAAACAGAACCUGUACUUCACUGAGGCUGCACUGCAUCUGCUGCUCACCUUGGCACGCACACCACAGGGGGCAGCGACAGUGGCGGGCGCUGGUGUGAUUCAGAGCAUCUGCCUUCCCCUGUUAAGUGUGUAUGAGAUCACUACCAAUGGAACCUCUCAGAUCUCGGGCUUCUCGCGUAAGUCCCAGGACACUCCCUCCUGGCCAGGAGUGUACCGGCUCUGUAUGUCCCUGAUGGAGAGCCUGCUGAAGACGCUGCGCUACAACUUUGUGAAUGAGGCACUGGAUUUUGUGGGAGUCCACCAAGAGCGCAUCCUGCAGUGUCUCAAUGCGGUGCGGACAGUGCAAAGUCUGGCCUGUCUGGAUGAAGCGGACCACACGGUGGGCUUUUUGCUGCAGCUCUCCAGCUUCUGUAAGGAGUGGCAGUUCCAUCUGCCGCAGCUCCUGCGUGAUGUACAGGUGAAUUUAUGUUAUCUGUGCCAGACAUGCACAUAUCUUCUACACAGUAAGAAGAUGCUCCAUCACUAUCUCCAGACAAAGAAUGGUGAGGCCUUGCCCCAGGGGCCCCUUCCCCGGGCCCAGCGGGGGCCUCAGACCCCUUCGAAGCAGCCUGCGGGGGCCGGGGCUGGGGAGCGCGAGGAAGUAGAGCAGAAGGCCCUGCUGGCAGUGCAGUGCAGCCUACUGAAGAUCCUGAGCAAGACCCUCGCCACCCUGCAGCACUUCACCCCUGACUGUUGCCAGAUACUGCUGGAUCAGUCCAUGGACCUGGCGGAGUACCAUACCCUGUUUGUGCUGAGCUUCACAACCCCUGCCUUUGAGUCUGACGUUGCCCCCUCGUUCGGAACCCUGCUAGCCACAAUCAACGUGGCUCUGAGCAUGCUGGGAGAGGUUGACAAAAAGAAGGAGCCCGCCUCCCUGAGUGUGGGGUCUCUGGCUUCCUCUGAGGAAAUUCAAGCUCUCAAGUCACUGCUGAUAUUCACCAUGGAGAACUGCUUCUACGUGCUGAUCUCACAGGCUGUGCGCUACCUGAAGGACCCCACUGUGCACCUAAGAGACAAACAGAGGAUGAAGCAGGAGCUGAGCUCAGAGCUGAGCACGCUCCUAUCCAGCCUGUCCCGUUACUUUCGCCGUGGGUCCCCUUCUUCCCCAGCCAGUGGCCUGCUCCCCUCCCCCCAGGGCAAGCCCUCCACCCCGGGGUCCAAGGUGGGGCCCGAGGGCCAGGAGCCCUUCAUUCAGCUGGUGCAGGCCUUUGUCCGUCAUGUCCAGAGGUAGAGGAGGGUGCCUGUACCGUAGCUCCUUUCCGCUGUGUGAUCCUCAGGAACUAAGGAUUUCUGGGCAGUCCCACAGGGUCACCUAUUCUGCACAAACUCCACAGUUAUGGGGCCCCCUGCUGGGUUUGAGACAGCGCUUUAAACGCGAUGUGGCUCACAAUGGUCUGGGAUGAGAUAACGGAGUCAUUCACACCAGCAUCAGUGACUAACAGCAUCCCACACUUCUGCUGUACACAGGCAGAACCAAGCAUCACGACACUUCAGGACAACAGUGGAACAGAGCCGAAAGACAGAUCCGUUAUCUAUAAUUAACACGCUCUUGGAUUUAUCAUAUGACACAGUAUUUGGACGGCCAUCAGAUGUUCCGAAUGCUUCUGUGGGUUGACUGAAAACAUCCCCUUAUAGUGCCAUUUUUAAAGCUGGUACUGUUUUAGUCCUCAACAGCCAAACAGAGGAGCGGAAUGUCCAAGACAAUGUGCAGUGGUUUAAAGGUUAUAUUCACCCAUGAUUUCCUUUCUACAGAAGAAUGAGAUCAGAUAUGGUUACUGCCACCAUUACUUGAUGUAACGCAAUAGCCUGUAAGUAUGUGGACCUUUCUAAUGGGGAAAAACAUUUGUUAGAGGGGUGUUUUGGUGACUGACAUGUAAGAUGGAAUAGGGAAUGAUGCAAAAACCAAAUGUAGCCACCUUAGUGUGGUACCUACAGCAGACUUUGGGGGGUGGCCUUCUAAUCAGAGCUCCGAAUGUGCUGGCCUUGCUACAAAGCAGAUAACUACUUAACAGCCUAAAAUUUACAGGCCAAAAUUCCUUUGUGUUCUGAUUAAGCCAGCCGCUAGCUAUAUUGCCAGGACAUAUUUUUGUAUAAAUAUAACUUAUUCUAGACUUAGGAAGUGUAUGAGGAGCAAGUAUCUGAAUGUCUUUACAAGACUAUUUCAUUCUCAGGGCUUCUGUUACUGUAGGUUUUGUAUGUGAUAAUCUUGAAGGAAAUUUCUAAGAACCUGAAGGGAACAACUAGAAAUAAGGUGCCUAGCAUGGUGCUCCCACCCUCACUUUCACCUGCUGUCAGUCCUCAAUGCACUUCAAUGGUGACAUCACACCUGUCUUACAGUACUGUGCCGAUGGGUAGACUAGUCCUAACCACAUGUGCGUUUAUUACCCAUGGAUAAGUAGACAUUUAUGUGUAGCUUGAUGUAAACAAUUUAAACCUGCAUGUUCAUUAUACAUAAUUAAGUUUGCUUAGGGAAUGCUUUAAUUGGGUCUCAUUAGAGGAUUAGACUUUUUUUCUGCUACAUUGACAUUUGUAGUGCUUUGGCCCAAGGGUUGUUGUCUCUGUUCUGCACAUCUGCAUUUUUUUAACCAUCCUUUUUUAAACCAUACUAUAAUGAGCUUUGUUGUGCAGUGACGCUUUUGCUUGUUAACGUCUAUAUGCUCUAAUGUGCUGUAAACAAAAAAAGGCAUUUCCAUGAGGAAUUUGACAAUGAACUGCCAAUAUUUGUAUGUUAAAACUAUUUUUGUCUUAUUUGUUUAUACAAUAAAACUUUUGUAGAC